UUUUACAUUCUUCCCAAUGAAAACGUAUUUUUGCGAUGCAUUCUGAUGAGAGAUGAUUUAGCUAACAUGCAGGCCAGAAUGGAUAUGACAUUGUCGAUAUUAAUGUUAAUUGUUAUGAUAUUCAAAGGAAAUGAACUAUCGUUGGUAAAUACUUCAUGCCCUAGUGUGUGCGAGUGUAACGGGAUUACAGCGACUUGCGAGGGCCACGAUGGCUCUCAUCUACGAUACAUUCCUCCAUUGCCUGAAAAUACUACAAGUCUUGUCUUCAAUUCAAAUAAAUUAGGAUACAUGGGAGGAAACGCAUUUAAGAAUAUAUCUGGACUAUACUUGACGAGGCUUGAAUUGAGACGUAGUCACAUUUUCAACAUCGAUAGACUGACUUUCCAAAUGCUUCCUCAUCUACAGUAUCUAGACUUGAGUGAGAACAAAGCACUCCAUUCCAAAAAAUUGCACAAAGCCUUUUUCGGAUUGCGAAAUGGUUCAUUGAGAGAAAUUCGCUUGACAAAUAUGCGUUUGAAUACUUUGUAUGAAGACUUUUUCCUGUACCUAAGCAACACAUCCCUAGAACGAGUUUACUUCGAUGAUAAUAUAAUAAUUAGCAACAUUGGUGAUGUUAUGUCUCCAUUGUCUUCUCAUUUGAGAGAAAUUUCAUUCAAGAGCAACCAAAUUUCAAAUGUAUCAUUCAACAUUGUGAUGCCAAAAAUGGAAGUUUUUAUUCUGAGCAAGAACAAACUGUUGUCCAUUCCGAACUUUUGUUACUUUCACUCUAGCCGAACCAUGUGUCCUAAUCUUAAGGUUUUAGACUUGAGUGACAAUCUCAUAUCUGUUGUUAAAGGCGGCAAAUUCUUCAGAAAAUGCUUACCAAAGAUUCAAAGGCUGUUUCUGGGAUAUAACAAGAUUAAGACAUUAGGCAAAAACUUUAUAAGCCUACUACCGUACCUCGUCUAUUUGUCCAUAGAAAAUCUAGAUCCUAACGUUACUCUCCAUGAAUAUUCCUUGAACAGUUCUUCGUUGCAGUAUUUGUACAUGGGUAACAGAUUUAACGUUCUAAAAUAUUACAGAAACUUGUUUAAUAACACAAGAAAUCUUAGAGUUCUUGAUAUGACGGGGGUACAAUUUGUUCUAUCUCAUAAUCUGGAAGAGAAAAUGUUUCAGUUAUUUAAACCUCUGACAGGUCUAGAAGAAUUGACAUUGAAGAAAUCGUCUUUAUCAACAUUUCCAGUAUCCGUCUUCCAGUUCAUGCCGAAUUUGACAAAACUCUCCUUACAAGAUUGCUAUUUCAACCAAUCUUAUUUGAGGAAAUUAUCUGCACCAGCGUCUCUAAAGGUUAUCCUGCUCGAUAACAAUUUGAUAACCAGUAUCAACGAGACAAACAUUCCGAACAAUAUUGACCAAAUGAGUUUGAAAAGCAAUCCUUUUCUUUGUACUUGUGACCUUGUUUUCUUCAGGAAAUGGAUCGAAACCAAUUCUAAACGUCUAUUGGGAUGGCCAAAUGAUUAUACAUGUAACCUACCACAAGAAUGGAAAGGGAAGAAUCUUGCUGAUUUUCACCUGAGUUAUCUAUCCUGCCACCCCAUUAAUCCCUACAUCAUCAUGGCUAUUUCCAUUUCCUUUGCAGUCAUUGUCAUUGCCACAAUAUCUUGUAUAAUAUACAAGAAACGCUGGCACAUCAAGUAUUACCUGUACCUCUUGCGCGCUAAAAAACGUGGCUAUGAAGUUCUUGGGGGUGAUGAUUUUGCCUUUGAUGUAUUCGUAGCUUAUAACUCGGACGACAGAAUCUGGGUCAUUUCAGAAAUGAUACCCAGAUUGGAGAACGAAGAACAUCUUAAACUUUGCUUACAUGACAGGGAUUUUCAGGUUGGAAAACUAAUUGUAGACAACAUAACUGACGCCAUGCACCGAAGUAGAAAGAUUCUAAUCAUUCUCUCUAACAGUUUUGCACGAAGCCAUUGGUGUAGGUUCGAAACCAUGAUGGCACAGUUACGUUCAAUAAAUCACGGAGAGAACACGGUGGUUGUUGUCAUUUUGGAAAACAUUCUGACCAAAAACAUGAACAACUCCCUACAUAUGCUUUUGAAAUCUACCACAUUUAUAGAAUGGACAAAUGAAAGAACAGCGAAGGAGAUGUUCUGGACUAGAUUAGUGUCUUCCAUUAAAACCUAAUGUCAAAAUGCUGUUGCGGCACGUCAGGUUGCCCUUCGACUAAUUAUUGUAAAACACAUGCGAAGGCUAUUUUUCGAUCUUGAUGCAAAUUUAAGGGGAAUGUACGACCAGCUUGUACAUUUGAAAAAAAAAAUUGUAAACAAUUCUUGAACUGACUUUUUCUACCCGAAACCGGAAAAAACUGUUGUCAAAAGAUGAUAAAUCGAAAAAUAUGAGGUUAAUUUAUUGUAUGCAAAGUACGCAUACAAGAACGGAACAAUGCCUUUUUAAUCACGUAAAACAGCUUGGAACUACGCAGCUGCAGACUUAUUUCGAAGAUUUAAAAAUCUGUAAAAAAACAAUAAGAGAGGGAUUCAUUGGUGUCCUCUCUACAACCAUUUGCUGAGGAAAAGGUUGAAUCUUGCACAUAAUUGUAGUAACUUUGCCACAAAAUAGGGUACCCUAUUUUUAUUAGUCAGCAAUGGAUCUAUUUUUAUUAGUUCCGAUGUGCUUUUUUAGUUAUACAAGUAUAAACUUCUUUUUAGAAGUACGUUUUUAAGAAUAGGCCAGUUACCCUCUUUUGAGACAAAGUUACAACUUAAAUAAGCAAGGUUUGACCUUUUCCUCAAGAAAUGGUUAUAGAGUGGACAGUAAUGUCCUCCUUUCAUAUUUCACAUUAAUUGAACACUGUUUUCGACAGAGACAAGCCACUUCAAGAAAUGUUUACAUUUUUAUUCCAAAAUGUACAAGAUGGCCGCACACCCACCUUUAAAGAGGUGCAGUUUUAAAACAUCAAAAUAAAUACAUUUUUCUUACUCCCUAUUGUAUCUGCAAUGGUUGCAAUGAAAGACCAACUUCUUAAACAAGACAAAAACAAUGAAUUAUCAAAUACUGUAAAAAAGAUACCGGUAUAUGACAAUUUAAGAUGUAUAUGUUCCCAAUUCUUUAGAAAAAAUAUUCCAAUAUAUUGGACGUUGGAGCUGUCUUUUAAUGAUUGAAGCAUAACCGUUGAUUUAAAUAAAGGCGUAAUCUCGUGUUGUUAUAUUUAGCGGUAUUUGGUGCAGUUUAGAUAGAACAAAUACCAUAAAUAAAAAUUCCGUGUUUUUUAAUUACCCCCACGCUGCACAUUUUAGCUUUUUAUUGACCCGUUCUCAAGCCGCUAAUUUUUUCAAUCGUCGUUAAUUAGAUAGAGGGUCACCUGGUGCCGUGACGUCAUAUGCGACAAUUUGCCGAUAAGCUGUUUGAAAACGAUAGUAAACCAUGUGGCGAAAAAUCUUUGAACUCCCGCAUGUCAGUCUCUUUAUGACACACAAAUGUAACUGUCAAAUGACAUCAUGAUGACGUGUUUAACCAUUUUUCUAUGAAUUAUGUCAUCUCUUUUUUUCUCUCAAAAUUUACCUUU